UUCAGAUGGUGUCAGUGCCAACUGGUAUAAACUCUCCUAUUUAAAGCAUAUUCCAGGAAAGCCUCCUAAUGAUUGCCUUCUCCUUGUGCCGCUUUUAACAGCUGCUGGGUCGCUAUUUUCAGAUAACGAGUAUAUUUGUUAAGUGAGGAACCAGAGGCCGAACACAAGACAAACAGCAUUUGUAUCGCUCUCACUCUGUUAAAAUGGAGCGGCAGGAGAAACUGAAAGGUCAGAUGUUCGAAACCCAUAAAGGAAUUAUUCAGAGCAGUGAAGGGGAAGCUUCCAAUGAUGAACAUGCCUCGAGUUCAGUCACCUCAAUCCCAGCCGCUCUACCUGCUGCUCGCAAUACUACUUCUAAAUACGAUUUUGUCAAGGUUCGAGUUUGGCUCGGAGACAAUGCAGAUCAUUAUUAUGUGAUGUCCAGGUUCCUUCUCUGCAGGAUGCUAACUGUCACCAAGAUCCCUAAUCAUGUUGCCAUUAAAAUUGCUUUGGAGUUGAAGAAACUACUAGUAGACAACAGUCUUCUCGAUGUAUCCCAGUCAGAUCUGGAAGCUAAUCUGUUUAAACUCAUGGAACGACGUGGAUAUGGGGAGGAGUACAUCAAUCGAUAUAAGAUGAUGACUAGGUUUCAUCAUCAAAGGGUGCCAUUUGUAAUCCUUGUUUGUGGGACUGCUUGUGUUGGUAAAUCUACUAUUGCCACACAACUUGCUCAGCGCCUGAACCUGCCAAAUGUUUUACAGACUGACAUGGUCUAUGAGCUACUUCGUACCUCAACAGAUGCCCCGCUGGCUUCAACACCAAUUUGGGCUAGAGAAUUUAGCUCUUCAGAAGAGCUUGUUACAGAAUUUUGCAGGGAGUGUCGAAUUGUUCGUAAAGGUCUUGCCGGUGAUUUGAAAAAGGCAAUGAAGGAUGGAAAACCUAUAAUAAUUGAGGGAGUACAUGUAGAUCCAAGUAUUUAUCUAAUGGAUGAAGAAAAUAGGGAAUCGACUGGUUCAAAUGCUACAGCUGAAAAUAUAUCUUCAUCUGAAACCACACUUAAUGAUGAUGCAAAAUCAAAGGAUGGAAAUUAUUCACAAGAAGCUCUCAAUGAAGAAGUUUCUGUUGCUUCGGGAACUGAAUUUGCAACUGUGAUGGAUACAGAGACCUGCAAAUCAGAGAUAACUACAUAUAAUGGAUCAACAUUAAAUGAAAGAACUACAGACCUUAAAGAAUGUCAGGAGUCUGCCAAGAUACCAGGGAAGACAUCUAUGAGAACACAUGGCACAAAGGCAGAAAAUCUAACAAAAUAUGAGAAAUCAACUACAAAACCCAUAAUUGUUCCUAUAGUUCUUAAGAUGGCUGAUUUUGAUCACAAGGCUCUUCUAGAGGAAUGGGUAUUCACCAGAUCAAAUGGUGGACAAUGUCUAAGGAAGGAUCAAGAGAGUUUAAUUAACAAUUUGAAGACAAUUCAAGAUUAUCUUUGUUCAUUUGAAUCACAGGGUAUGACGGUUGUUAACAUCUCUGCCACAACAUUUCCUCAAACUUUGGACUGGUUACACAAUUAUCUUUUACAGUGUAUUGAACGGGGUUGUUCUUCUACAAAUACAGAAGCUGGCUCUUGAUAAAUUAUAUAAGCAGAUUGCAACAUAUUUCUAGCAUUGGUGAAUAGUUAGUGAACUAUCUAUUGUGUACAAAUCCUCACUUCUUGUAGAACAAAUAAUUCAAUUGAUAUCUCUGUGAUGAAUAAUUGGUGAGUUGUAGUAAAAGUAUAUUUUCAUUUUUGUAAUAAAAUUAAUUCAAGGGUUCUGGGAUUGAAUGUGUCUCAAUGUUGUAACAUCAAAGACAAAUUAAAUGUGAACCUUUUGGAAUGGUGAUUCCAAUUGUUCUGGGUGAGUUAUCACUCAAUUUGAUAUUAACAACUUGAAAAUACUCAUCUAUACAAGUGAGAUUGCAAUUCUACUAAA